UCAGCGAUCCAUCAGUAUCACUAACAAAUAACCACAGUAUUAAGCUGGACUAACAGUCUCAUUAAAGGAAGAUCCUUUUUACAUAUUCUCUCAUCAUGAAGUGUUCAAUUGCUCUCAGUUUAUUCCUUUUGGCCAUCUGCGCCUACCAAGUAUCAACACAAAGUCACAAUGUUACCUUCGGGACGAUUAGAGCAAAUGAUACCCUCUUGGAUCGGGAACUGGUAGUGAAGAAAUAUAAACUCCUUCAAAUUGUCAGCGAUGACUAUGAGUAUCCUCGCAAGGGUUACUAUAAUAGUUUCAAUAUCACUGGCAUUCGCUGCACUGAUCAAUACACUAAUGGCGAUGGAGGAAAUGCUACCUUGUUGAAGGGCGGUCCAGGAGCCAAUGAAGUCAAACUUCAUUUGAAGUCAAAGCGAAAUCAUGGAUUUAAAUUCGUUAUUGAAGUUUAUGGAAGAGCAUAAGAGUUCUUUGGUCGUUUUUGUGCCUUUAAUAUAGUGUAGGGGGUAAAUUUCCGUAGUAAUAAGUAAAUUAUGAAGCAGAAUAAAAAAAUGGAACAAUUAAAAA